UAUAUAAGAGAGUUUGUGCGGUGAGGGCUGCGUUUUGCUGUAUCCUUUAUGUAAUAAAAACAGAAAACUGCCAGCUUGUUCACAUUGGGAACACCAAAUUCACCAAAGUAUACCACAAGUUCAAAAAAGGUAUUAUAUAUAUCUGUUAAACACUACCAAUGAUUAAUUUUUUUUUUUUUAAUUUUUUGUGAUAAACAAAACAAAGUUAUUUGACCAUUAUGGAGUAUUUAUUGUUUUCUCCUAGACAACUUAUUGCCGUCUCAGUUGAUACUUCUUUUUAUCAAAUCGAUAAAACAUUUCAAAUCACCGAAUGAUUGAAAAAACAAAAAACAAAAAAAUCGGUAUGACAUUUUUUUAUGAUUAUAAAUUUCAUUUGCAUGAGAUAAGUGUAAAAUGUAUAUUUUUAUUCGUUUGGAUCUUAUGUUCCAAAUUCCAACAUAUACCUGAAAUGUUUUCAGCAGCACAAAUAUAAUAAUAAUAAAAAUUAUUAAUAAUAUAUGGUAUUGCUGACAAUCCCACAGCAAACAAGUUGUUUCAAAUUGAGCACAACAAAUAUUGUAUAUUAUUUAUAUAUAAGAAGCUCCAGAUGAGAUCCUAACACUUCUGCCCCAAGCUCCACCCAAAUGUCAAACCCUUGGUUCCUCAAACUUGUUGGGAUAAGUUUAGCACUAGUUGUGGAAAUUUGCAGUGGUGACAAAUAUAGCAGGAAUGACUUUCCGUCUGACUUUGUUUUUGGUUCUGGCACCUCUGCUUAUCAGGUGGAGGGAGCAGCAAACGAAGAUGGAAGAACACCAAGCAUUUGGGAUACCUUCGCUCAUGCUGGGAAUGUGCACGGAGCGACCGGGGAUGUAGCUUGUGAUCAAUAUCAUAAGUAUAAGGAAGAUGUUCAGCUCAUGGCAGAUAUAGGCCUGGAAGCCUAUAGAUUUUCCAUCUCAUGGUCAAGACUCAUCCCAAAUGGCAGAGGACCUGUCAACCCAAAGGGACUGCAAUACUACAACAAUCUGAUUAAUGAACUUCUCAGCCAUGGAAUCCAACCGCAUGUUGCAUUAUCUAAUUAUGAUCUUCCACAGACACUUGAAGAUGAGUAUGGAGGAUGGAUUAGUCGGGAAAUUGUGAAAGACUUCAGCGUAUACGCUGAUGUGUGCUUUAGAGAGUUUGGGGAUAGGGUCAAGUAUUGGAGUACAGUGAAUGAACCAAAUGUGUUUGGCCAGGGAAGUUAUGACUUUGGAUUUCUGCCACCUCAACGAUGUUCUCCUCCAUUUGGAAUGUUUAACUGCACAAGAGGCAAUUCCUCAACUGAGCCAUACAUUGCAGUUCAUCAUAUCUUGUUGGCUCAUGCAUCAGCUGUUAAUCUCUAUAGAAAAAAGUAUCAGGAAAAGCAAAAUGGAUAUGUAGGCCUCUGCAUCUAUUCGUUUUGGUAUAUUCCAUACACAGACUCCAAGGAAGAUGCCAUUGCAACACAAAGAGCCAAUGAUUUCCUUCUUGGCUGGGUUCUUGAUCCCCUAGUGUACGGAGACUAUCCCCAAAUCAUGAAGAAAAAUGCAGGCUCAAGAAUCCCAGCCUUCACUAAAGCCGAGGCCAAACUGGUUAAGGGUUCGUUUGACUUCAUAGGAGUAAUACAUUACUCCUCUAUAUACGUUAAAGACAACCCCAACGGUUUGGUGGUACAACAGAGAGACUACACCGCAGACGCAGCAGUGACCUUCAUUGGACUAUCGAUCAUGACAGAAUUUAAGGUCUCUAUUACUCCUUGGGCCCUAGAAGGAGUGCUGGGGUACUUAAAACAAGCUUAUGGAAAUCCACCAGUUUUCGUUUACGAAAAUGGUCUGAGAACACCACACAAUUCAUCGUUAGAAGACACACCAAGGGUGAAAUACAUGGAAGCAUAUCUAGAAGGUGUGCUCAAUGCUUUGAGGAAUGGAUCAAACACAAGGGGAUAUUUUACAUGGUCGUUGUUGGAUGUGUUCGAGUUAUUUGAUGGCUAUGAUGCCGGCUAUGGUUUAUACUACGUUGACAUGGAGGAUCCAAACCUGAAAAGAUAUCCCAAGCUCUCUGCCCAUUGGUACUCAGACUUCUUGAAGGGUAAAACAGUUGGUUCAGAUCCAGAACGAGUUGGCGAGUUGAAUCAGAAUUAUAUCAGUUACUCCUAAUAAUAAGUCAGUAAGUCUUUGUUGGUGGCAGUGUUUUGCUUAGAUAUAACACAAAUAAAGUAGAGUAUGCUUGUUUGAUAUUGGGAAGCAGAAUUAGUUCAAAAACAAGUACAAUUGAGAAUAAGGAUAUAUACGGCAUGAGAGAUAAUGUCGUAAAAGAGAUUGCAUAUAUGAUAUGAUAUAUAGGAAAGUUGAGUGACAGUGAACUGAGCAGAGUAAAAAAGCCUCACCGCCUCAGCUAAAAAUGAUUUUUUUUAAACAAA